UUGCACGGCAACCGCAUGGCUUGUAUCCGAAGCGUACUUCCUCUAUAAAUAUCGAGUGAGCCUUCCAUACUUCACUCAACCUUGCCUUUACAAACUCCACAACCAUGAAUCCCUACUUAGAAAACAAUUUUCUUGUGCGGUUGAUGGAAGAAAUGGAAGAGGAAGAAGAAGAGUUGAAGUUGGCGAGGCACAUGGUCAAUAGGAGGCGACGUGCACACAAUGAGUGUCGUCAUGGUGGUUCGAUUCCAGGGCGUGUUAGGAUUCAUCGUGAUCACAUGAGCGGCGAUGCAAGAAUCCGAGCGGACUACUUUGGAGCGAACCCGGUGUACACGGAUGCUCAAUUUCGUAGGAGGUUCCGCAUGCGUCGCCAUGUGUUUGAGCGCCUUGUUGAUGUUGUGCAACAAGUGGAUCCAUAUUUUAUUCAGCGUCCAAACUGUGCGGGUGAGAUUGGUCUUUCUGCUCUACAGAAAGUUGUUGCUGCUGUUCGAAUCUCUUCUACAGACAGUUAUUCAGCGUCCAAACUGUACGACGUUAGAACCCAACACUUUGCAACAAUUCAAGAGUCUGCUCGAAAAGAUAUUGAACGAGCUUUCGGUGUACUCCAGAAGAGAUGGGGUGUGGUCCGUGGCCCUGCAUACGGUUGGAGUCCUGAACACAUUGGGGACAUCAUGAAAACAUGCAUAAUAUUGCACAACAUGAUAGUAGAAGACGAAGGUCCAUUGUCUUUGAACACAACCUUUGAAAACAUCGGAGUUUACAUUGUUGUGUCAUGUCUGUUCUUAUCUACUGUCGAACUGUUAUUGUGUUGACAUGUUUAGUUUACAUUGUUGUAGUGUCUGUCGUAGUGUCAUGUGUGUUCUUAUCAAGUGUGUGUACUGUCUGUCGUAGUGUCUCAUGGUGCUGUUUCAAUUCAAUAACAAGAAGUACUACUGUCAUGCAACCA